ACUCAGGUAGCAGGAAAAAUGGCGUCCACCAAAAUGAUCCUUAGAGGAAAAAAGGAGGAAACCGUCGAGUGGACCGGAUUAUUCAUGAAUGACUUAAAAUCCAAACAAGAGUCUCUGGUCUUUGUCAAGAGGAUGUUGGCCGUGGCGGUGUCUUCCAUCACCUACCUGAGAGGGAUUUUUCCAGAGUUUGCCUACAGAUCCAGGUACCUGGAAGAUUUGUGCCUCAAAGUUUUGCGUGAGAACAGCAGCAUCCCUGGCGCCAACAAAGUUGUGAGAUGGAUGAUGGGCUGCUUCGAUGCAUUAGACAAGCAGUAUCUGCAGAUUAUAUACAUUGGGGUUUACACUGAUCCAGAGGACCAUAAUUGCAUCAUCGAGUCCUACCAGUUUAACUUCAGAUACUCUGAAGUUGGACCAGAAAUGGGCAUACUCAGGAACAAUGAGAUGCAGAUGCAGGUGACCCUGGAGGACACUAAGACAGCCUCAGUGCUGCUCAUCAGGAAGCUCUUCCUGCUUAUGCAGAACCUGGGCGUCCUUCCCAGCAACGUCCACCUCACCAUGAGGCUCUACUACUACGACGACAUCACCCCUGCAGACUACCAACCACCAGGCUUCAAGGAAGGGGUGUACGACCGGAUCUGGUUUCAAGGGAUCCCGGUGCACUUUAAAGUGGGCCAUGUGGAGACAAGCUACCACUCACUGAAAGUCCGAGUGUCUGUGGACCAAGGCCAGGUGAAGAAACUAGAGGAAGGAAACGAAGUGAAGGAAACAGCCAUCCAGAAUCCUCCUGCAAGAAAAGCUGAUAAAGGCACUCCCUCUGACGAUGAGUCUGGGCAGUUUAAGAAACAACCAAGACCGCUGAGAAAGAAAAAAGCGGCUACUAAAUCUGGGGCGAGGAAGAAAAUGAGGAUUUAGGCCAGGAGUUCAGCACGGUGUUACCCGAGUUUAUUUACAUCCACUGUUCAGGAUCUGCUUCAGUUUAUGGGAUUUCUAACCACGAAGCUACAGAGAUCAUUAAAGAGAUCAUUUUAAAAAAGAGCAAACUUACUGUAAAGAGUUCAGUUCAUUAGUGCAGAAAUGUGUUCAGUGGUCACUGAAAUAAAACCUGGUUGUUAAC